AUGGCCGUGUCCCCCACAUCUGGGGAGCCGGAAUAUGUCAAUGACAUCACAACAGAUAGAAGCACAAAUGGGAGUUCAGUUUCUGGGGAUGAAUUAGCGGGUUGGAUGGAUAUUCUCUCUCUGGCCAUUUCCCUGGUUGGGAUGGUGGGGAAUGGCAUUGUCCUGUGGCUUCUGGGCUUCCACAUUCAGAGGACACCCUUCUCUGUCUACAUCCUCAAUCUGGCUGCAGCCGACACCCUCCUCCUUUGUUGCUCCUUUCUGAUCUCCAUACAUCGAUUGGUUAAGUAUUUAGAUAAUUCCUUCUCAUAUGAGGUAGUUCUCUACAUCAAACUUAUGUCCUACGCUGUGGUUUUAAACCUGUUGGCCGUGAUCAGCACCGAGCGCUGUCUAUCUGUGCUCUUCCCUAUUUGGUACAGAUGUCACCGCCCCAAGCGCAUGUCUGCUGCUGUGUGCGCUGUCCUCUGGACUCUGCAUGGUCUGUUCUGGGUAGCAUAUUUUAUCGUUUAUUUUCUUAUUAAAUAUCAAUAUUUCAUUCACAUCUUAUUCAUCAUUGAAUUCGUGUGGUUCGUCCUCCUCACCUGUGUCCUCUGCGUGUCCAGCUUGACUCUGCUGCUGAGGGUCCAGUGCAGCUCCCAGCGCAGGCACCCUCCCAGGCUCUACCUCCUGGUCCUGCUCACUGUCCUUGUGUUCCUGGUCUGUGGCCUGCCCUUGGAGAUCAGGUUUUUCAUAGAAUACUUGAGCAGAAUUUCCAUGCAUUAUUGGCUUGCUCAUCUCAUGGCCUGUGUGAACAGCAGUGUGAACCCCAUCAUUUACUUCUUCCUGGGCAGACAAAGGCAUAGAAGGAGAGAGUCCCUCAAGGUGAUCCUCCAGAGGGCCCUGGGAAAUGAGCAGGAGUUGGAAGGUGUUUUGAGGGACAACCCCCACACCAACAGCUCAGAGACCUCAUUCUGA